AUGUGCGUGCAGGGAUCGCUGCCCCGGAGAGCGCCGGGGCAGUGCAAACACGGCCGGGCUGUCCCGGCUGGGGACGCUCCCCGGGCACAUCCCAGCCUUCGCCAGCCCCGGCUGGCCCGCCUGGCCAGGCAGAGGACCCUGGAGGAUGAGGAAGAGCAGCAGAGAGAGCGCCGGCGAAGGCACCGGAGCCUGCUGUCAUCCACAUCCACGGAUGAGGAAGCUGCCAGCCCUGCCAAGGACACCAGCCCAGCUUCCAGCAGUAGACCUUCAUCCCUGGUGAAGCCGCAGUCUCCAGAGGAUGGGGAGGAGCGGAAGCUCUCAGAGGUGCUGAAGACACAAGAAGGGAGAAGGACAAGGUGCCUCCCACCUGUGUCCGAAAAGCUGAGGCAAGAGAAGGAGCAGAAGGAGCCUGGGGUGGGAGAAAGCUGCUCGGAGACAGAGCCACAGCCCCGUGGGAGGCAGGAGAGCAGCCGGGCUGCAGAGCGGGCUCAGGAGGUGGCCAACGGCAGAGGGGACCUGCCAGGAGACAAGAACCUGGAGCCAGCCUCCGAGAGGAAGGUGGUGCUGAGGGCACGGCUCCAGGACAAAGACCAAGGAGUGCGGACUCCUCGGGGGGAGCAGAGGAAGGAGGCAAAGGAGCCACCAGAGGUGGGGAGCUGCCGGCUCCGCGAGGUGAAGAUCCUCACCAGGGUGGGAAACCGCAGCACAGAAGAGAAAACCUCAGUGGUGACCUCAUCUCUGGAGCAGCAGCCAUCCAGGAACCCCUCAAAGCAAGUAAUCCAGCUGUCCCCUCCCCAAGAUGAACCUGCAGAAAAGCCAGACCCUUCUCCAACUCACGUCACCUUCAGCAGCUCCAUCCGACGGGCCAGCCCCAGAACCGUCUCCUUUCGGAUCAUCUCCAAGAAGCAGAAAGAAGAGAGCCAAAGCCCUCUCACAAGGAGUGCGAGUCUGAGGAUCCCAGGCAGCAACAGCACCAUUGGGGAGAAGCUGGAAAAGUACAACUCUGCUGUGCAGCGCUCGGAGGGGGUGAAAUCCUCCGUGCCUGCCCAGAAGAGUCGCCUGCUCUCCUCGGAGGGGGUGGCGAGCAAGCGCGACUUCUUCGAGAGGAGCGCUCCCAGCAAGGCGGAGCCGGCGGCUCCCAGGAAGGACAGCCUGAAGAUCCCAGGGUCGGUGACGUCUCGCAUUAAUCUGUGGAUCAGCCGAGCUCAGGAGCCUGCCAAGGAGGAAAACAGCAAGGUGCAGGAUCCCAAAGCUGGCUGGUUUUACCUGGACAACGUGUGCUUCACGGAAAUCCGGAGAAUCAACAGCCUGGCAAAGCGAGAUGUCUGGAUAAAGCAGCCUGGAGACACCUCUGGAGACACCAAGGUAAUUAUGGAGCUGCUCUGGAACCUGGUGCAUCAUCUGAGGCAGAGGCAGGAUCAUCCCGAGAUUGGAGCAGCGGCUGAGGGAGCCGGGUCGGAGCUGCUGGGCAGGCUCUGCUCCCGCACUAGUGACAGCGCUGCCUUAUCAGCGUCCCGGCCCCGCUGA